UAAUUAAUAUCUCGUUAUCAGAACAUGAAGCAGAUUGUGUGCAGUGCUGUCUCCGGGUGUGGCACCUGGGUUGCGUACGGCGACGUCCAACAUGUCCGACUGUUCCAUUUACCUAAAGAGGAGGGGGUGAAAGUCCUACAGAGGGUGAGAUGUCUUCCCAUUGACCUCCAACCUGCUCAUCACAUGGUCUUUACCCAUGAUGCCUCUGGACUGGUUAUAGCGACCAAUCAGGGCGCUGUACAGUUGCUCCAUGUUGAUGCUGUUCACCCUGUUCUUGUGCACACUUUUCUACCUCCAAAAGGCAGUGCCCAUCCCACGACCAUCAGUGCCCUGGCUGUGAGUAGUGACUCCCAGUGGAUAGCAGCAGCUCAUCUCGACUGUUCUGUUCAUGUUUACAACAUCAAGGCAAGAAAACAUCAGUGCAGCCUGCCUAAACACCCCAGCCCUGUGUCUGCCAUGACCUUUCACCCCACAGAGCCAUGGCUCAUGGUGGUCCACUCCUCACAACAGUUUUUCGAGUUUGAUGUUUCGGAGAGCCGGUACACCGACUGGAGCCGGAACGUUCAGCGACAGGGGCUGCACCAGGAGUGGCUGAAGAGGUCGGAGGUCGUGACACAGGCCGCGUACAAUCCCGCCAACCCAACACAAAUCCUUCUACAGGACCAGCGAAUGUUUUGUGUAAUAGAUAAGAGCAAAAAGCUGCCCAAGCUGGGGAGUACUUUCUACAGCAGGGAGAAGCUGAUGAAGCUGGACCCAGCAGUGAGGGAGGAGACCAGACACGCCUUCGCUGUCUGUCGGGGAUAUCGGGCACUUCUCCACCUGAGUUUCCUGGAGGACGGGGCGGAACUCGUGGCCGUGGAACGACCAAUCAAGGCUGUCACCGACAAGCUGCCGCCUACGCUCAGUCAGAAGAGAUUUGGCACAUAGAGACAUACUGAGAUAUGUACUGAAAAUCUCAACUCUUUUGGGUUGGAUUUAAUUUCCCUCCACUGCAAAUCCAUUUGAGUUACUGUAAGUUGAAGUCCUGCUGCAGCAUACUUGUUGCCUGUGGUAGAGCCCAUCUCUGUUUCAAAGCCCUUGGGCCACACAAC